AUGUAAAUUUGGGAUACAGCAGGUUAAGAGAGAUAUAGAGCAUUGACAAAAGGGGUAUUUUUGAGGAGCAUUACGAGCUCUAAUAGUCUUUGAAAUUACUGAGUAUGCAUACAAAGUAAUUUAAUUUAGCAUCUUUUGAAGCUUUGUCAGAAUAAAUUAAAUAUGCAAGAGGUUACUCAAAAUCCUUCCGUUUAAAUUAUUAUUGGAAAUAAAGCUGAUUUCUAUAAGGAAAGGCUAAAGUAAUUUUUCAAUUGA